AUGGAGGAGGCCAAGUUGAUCCGAAUGGCGGCAGCCAUCAGCGAAUACACUAUCAGCAGUCUGCUGCGAGAAACGGCUUCUGAAGCAGCUGAGACUCUUAAUAAAGCUGCCCCAACAGUGCAAACCCUCCUGGGUGCUCCACAGCAUCUACUGAAUGAUAUUACUAGAGCACAGCAGGCGCUGGAGCAAUUAGAAAGAAGCGCAGUCUCCUAUCAGAAAGAGCGAGCAACAGACGUGGCGGCUGCACAGAAAGAUAUCAUGCAACACUGGCAUCCACGAAGGAAAGAGGAGCUUGGUUCGAAUUUCAAUUCCGAGCCAUAA